CAUUUGCUGAGGCCCUGCGGCCUGCGCCAAUAGGAAAGGGUUCUUCGAUAUUUUAAGCAGGAAUGGAAAUGUGAGAUGGGUUUUGGGCAGAAAUGAAAAGGAGCUUCAUUUGACCAUACUGAGCAUGCUCACAUGCACGGGGAAAGGUUCGUUGACGAGUAGGAAAGAACGUAGCUACGCCGGCAGGGUUACCCGAGAAGAAGUUUCGUAAGGCGGCGGUGGCAGCAGCAGCAGCAGCGGCCAUGAGCGGCUCCUUUUGCCGUCUGCCAGCAGCCCUGCGGCUGCUGGGAGGUUCGCGGCCGUUGGGUUUCGCUGUGCGGCGGCCGCUGAGCCAGGCCGGAGAAGGCGGCGAGGGCGGCUCUUCGAAGGAGGCGGUGGAGCGGCUGGUGCGCGCCCACCCGGUGGUGGUGUUCAUGAAGGGCAACCCGGCCCAGCCCCAGUGCGGCUUCAGCAACGCGGUGGUGCAGAUCCUGCGCCUGCACGGGGUCAGCGACUACCGCGCCUACGACGUUCUCCAGGACCCCGAUCUCCGGCAAGGGAUUAAGAACUAUUCCAACUGGCCUACUAUUCCACAAGUCUUCCUCAAUGGUGAAUUUGUGGGAGGCUGUGACAUACUUCUCCAGAUGCAUCAGAGUGGAGACCUAGUGGAAGAGCUUAAGAAAUUAGGGAUUCGCUCUGCACUCUUGGAUUCAGAGAAGGACCAAGGCAAAAAAUAAGCAAGUUGCCAUGACUUUUGACACAGACAGCUUUUGAUAACUUGUUGCCAGAAAAAGCCUUAUGUGAUUUAGCUCAAAAAGCGAGCUUUUUGAACUAACAGUGAGGUUUAUCUGAACAUUCUGUUCUCCACCAUACAGUAUGUUUGAUACUGAUGUGUAUUCUGUCUUGAAAUUUUUUAUAACCACACCGUUGUGAAUCAGAUGUUUAAAAUCAAAGUAGAUAAGCAGUUCACUUCAAUUUUUGCAUUACUUUGUUCAUUUUGUUUGAGGCAUGAGUCAACCCAAAGUUUGUAGAAACCUUUUCCCAAAUCUUCUUUGUAUCAUGCAAAUUGUGUUCAAAGUAUAGUCUAGGCAGAUCAUAUUUGUUUUCUUGUGCCUCUUGGUGAAAGUCUAAAUAAAUAAUGGCUUUCAUUUACAUAUGCUUUUUAGCAAACAAUAAGUUGAUAUUUAUGGAACCUAUAAAUCCAUUAGACACACACUAACAGUGCAGUAAAUACAUCAAAAUAUUGAUUUCUUGGUUGCAAAGACCACAAUAGUCAUUAUUACUUUUGUUUAUCAAAUCUGUUAAUGGCUUUAGGAGAACAGUACAAAGUUUGGAUUCAAAGCUAGAAAAUCACUACUUCUACCUCUGCCCAAAAGACUGCCUCUAUUGAUAUAUAUUACACUUCACCAUGUCUAAGGUCACUGCUUUCAUAUAUAUUUUUAAAAAGUUGAAUACAUGUCACUUCUUGCUGUUGUAACUUUUAUGUAAAUGCACAAACCACUGGGGACACUGAUCUUGAAAGCAGUUACUGGGUCUCUAAAUAAUCUCUUUAGAUGAUUGUCAACGUUUAUAUGUACAUGGGUGUCAAUACAGGAAGGCUGGGUAUUUGUUCAGUGAAAAACAUUGAGCAGAAUCCAUACUACCUGUCGAUUCACUGUAGCAUAUUCCACUUGUGCAAGUGGGGAAGAAUGAUUUUAGCCACUUUCCGCUUUGCUCUGCUGCCCCCAUGCUCCCAGAAAAUAUGACCCUGAGGACUGGGGCAUUCUCAGUAACAGAUUUCCAGGGGGCACAGGGGAAAGGAUGGCUUGGUAAAAAUGGUCCCCCACCUUGUGCAUAUGGGAUAGACCUUUGCAAAUGAAACUAAUCUGUAUAUUGCCCAUUAUCUUCAGAUACUGAAAUAAGCAGGUAGCAUUUCAGGGAAGUCUGGUAAAUUUAGAGGUGGCAGAAUAUUUGUUGGCAUGUCUUUUGAAAAUUGCUGUUUAUUGGACUCCUUGAUACUUCUCCCUCUCAGCAGGAAAACAGCUUGUACUGUGCAACUGUAGUAAUAGCAGCAUAAUAUUAGGUUCCUUUUAAAAUUUGGGAGCAGUGUGCUCCAUUGAAUAUGAGCAAAUUAUCCGAGGAACUGCAUUAGCUUUGUGAUCUGUGAUUAUAUCAGUUUUCCUUUGAAAUAAAGGGCAUAUGUGAUGAAUUUAAAACUGUGUGUCUCAAUAAUGACUUCUUGAGUCCCCGCUCCCAGUUCUCAGUACAAUGGAAAACCUUUUGAAAACAGCAAGUGGUAAAGACCAUAAAGACUGUCUUUCAAUCUGAUAUUUAGAACUUUUCAUGUAGGAACUUGUCCACACCAGCAAUUAGGGCCUUCUCCUGAUACAUGUGUGGCCAAAUUAUGUUUUGUGCAAUAUAACUGGUCAGUAGCAAUAGCUUCUCAUCUUAUGGUACACAUGGGGGACAGGUCACUUAGUUGGUAAUGGGCUAGUUGCCCCUAGAUUUGGCUGCAAACAAAGCAAAUUGGAAUGGGAAUCAAAAUGCACCCUCUACCCCCGUGUGUGAGGCCUAGCUAAGUAGACUCUAGAGAGAACUACAACUAGUUAACUGGCAUCCAAGGCCACUCUGAACGCAGAGUGAACUGCCUUAACUUCCCUCAUCCUCUCAACUUCCCUCAUCCUCUUGCAAGAGAUAACAACAUGCUAACGAGCAUUAUGCCAAGCAAGAAGAAAAGUAAAUAAGGUAGUGAGGCAAUGGUCUCCCCAUCACAAAGAGGACGAGUCAGUGUCGUAGACCUAGAGGUGUAUCUAUUUAAAUUAUUGAUAGGAUUACUAGAGAGCCCAUCCAGGCACCGAUAUUCUUUUGCGCACCUGCAUACUCUUGAUUUUCAUCACAAUCAGCCUUGUACACAGAAGGAGAUUCCCACAUUGUUACACCCAGGAAAGAGCUAUCAGACACAGUGCAUUCUGUGCAGGUCCAUCCUGGCACCUCUCAAUCAGUGUGUGUGCCAAUCCAUCCAGCUUGCCUCACACCCAUAGGAAGCUGGACCCACGGAGAAACCCACCUCAUGGGCAUCCCUCCCUCCACUAAUCUCUGCAACGCUCCUGCUUCAAAUCCUGUCAUCGUAGAGGAGCAAGACUCUGAAGCCUAGAAGUCCCAUCGUCCAGAUCAGGUGAAGGUGAAUGCUUUCCCCACUCUUGCUGCCCGCCCCUUCCCCCCCCCAGCCAUCUAUCUACUUCCUAAAUCCAAGCUAUGUCCAUCUCGUAAGCCUCUUUCUCUUGCUCAUCUGGGAACCUUACACAAUUAGGACUCUAAGCUAAAAUGCCUCAUUGCAGGUAAUAUAUUUUUGAUAGUAAUAUUGCUCUAACCACAUUUCUUUCUUUUUGUAUCUCCUCCUACAAUAAAUAACUUGUUUUGAUUUUGAAACUAUAA